AUGCGCUGGUUGCCCUCCCGCCCGCUCCCGGCCCUCUCGAGGUUCUUCUCCCGCAUCUCGCUACUCUCUGCCAACGACUCUGGCGAUCACCUCACCAGUUCCAUCAACUCUGGGCGGAUGCCUGGAUCGCGUGGCUUGCCAGGCGACGUGGUCCUGGCCACAGUACGCUUAUGUACCAGGAGCGACGGACACCUGGACGCACUCCCACCACCUGUCAAGGUCCAGGGUCCGAUAUCCGAGUCUCUAGUGAGAGAGGAGUGCGACAAGGUUGUCCUCUUGCCCCUAGUCUAUGGCCUUCAGGUACAACACCGCAAAACUCAGCUGCUCGUGGCCCACAAAGGUCGCCUGGCGCAUCGAUGGUGGCAGAUGCACACGGCCUCCACAUCGGAGGGCCGGUUUCUUCGUAUUCCACAGCCGAAUCAAAGGGACUUGCGACUUCCCAUUGUCACCCAGCUCACCUACCUAGGUAUCGUCCUUUCUUAUAAGGAUGCAGCCACCGCUACCGUCGAACACCGUCUUCAGGUGGCUGAGGCCCAACGUGCUCGCCUCCUCAAAGUGCUGCACUCGCGUACCCUCCCUCUACGCAAACGAGUGCAGCUCUGGGCGGCGUGUGUUCGUAGCUCGGGUGUGUUCGUAGCUCGGCCUUAUACGGCCUACACCCACCUGUUGGACCUGCAGCAGAAGCAUGUGGCACGAAUCACCAUUGUCCUUGUCAGGCACUUGAGGGCCAUCUCUCGGAGCUUUGCUCACAUGUCGCAGGAAUCCAGUCAGGCCUUGCUCCUUAGACUGGGCGUGGAGGAUCCACUGCCAUUCCUGCUGCGCAGCGGUCAGAAGCUCCUGACCAAAACCCUCCAAUCGCGGGUGUUCCCACCCAAUGUCGAGUCAGUUUCUGCUGAGACGGCGAUAGCUGGUGAGGAGAGUUCCGCCAUUGAGCCUGUCUCUGCAAACACGAGCAUCGUGCCGCCCGCAAUCCAGGGAAUCCUUCUCCCAGAGGCCCUCUCCUCAGUGCGAUGCUACCUGUCUCCCCAGCUCAAUGGCUCCAAUUUGCUAGACGCCCUGAGGCACGUGUCUGUUGUCUGGUACAGGCGGACCUUGCAUCAAAACGCAUCGCCGAGCCGGCACCUGCCCUCAGCUCAACUCUGCCCAGCCAUGGAGCAUGUGCCCACGCAGAUGGACUUGGACGAGGAAGAGCGGCAGUGCUUCAGGAACCUCCUAGGGAAACGAGCCCUCGCGCUCGGGGUGGAGUCGCCGAACAAGUACCCUCAUCCAGGGGGGAAGGGUGUCCCACCGAAUGGAGGUGGCAGACCUCGCCAGUUCCAGCCGAACUGCGGUCCACGCCAAGCGGCCCCCUCACAGGGGAGCCGAAGCAAGGAGGAAAACCGAGGACGAUCGGGGACUUCUUCGGACGCGCUGCUGCACAAGAUAGCCAAGGCACUCAUAGUCCAGUCGGACUACAUGUCGCGUCUCCAAAGCGACCAUACGGUCAUCUUCACAUUUCGAAAGGGCGACGGCCCUCAGUUGAUGGUGCCGCUACUUCACGAAGUUGCAGCAAAUUGGCGAGAUCAGCGAAGCAAGGGCAAAGUCACCAAGUCCCUCAAGCAAACUCUGCUCCAGUACGUGACAGCGGAAAUCAUCACCAGA